AUGGCCUUAGCGAGUCACGAUAGUGAUUUCUUGUACGAGGAUUCCAGAUCGCGACGCGACACGACGUCCCGACUAGGAAACCAGUACAAGGAAGUGCAGAAUGAACGAUUACAGGAAGAUUCCCAACUUCUAGGAAACGCCAGCAUAAGUGGAUGCGCGAGAGAGUCAGAAGAAGCCGCGCCGCCGCCGCCACCGCCACCGCCGCCGCCACCGCCGCCAGAUGAUGAUGUGGUGGUCGUUCUAGUAAACGCCAAACCGAAUAUAGAUAUAAACACUGACAAAAAAGACGCGCGGGGAAGCAGCCAGGAUGGAAGGAGCGAGUCCUCCGCGACCAACAAGUCCGACGUAUCAUCCUGUGGCGAGCAUCAGCAGCAGCCGGAAGUGCCGCCUCCCGCCAGUGCGCCGGUGGAUGCGGACGAAAUUAAAGCGAACCAGGCGUCCCACCUGGUAAACAGGCACAUGGUAUUGCCGUUCAUACCGCCCAAGUUCGCCAACGCGGACUCUAACACCCUGCUGAAACCGUCCGAGUACCUCAAAAGUAUCUGCAAGACGACGUCUAAGAACAGUCUGUCGAAGGCGAGGUCAGUGGACAACUUGGACAUUCAAAGUCGGAAUACGGAGCCGCGUGAGGAGGAGGAGGCGGAAGAGGAGGAAGAAACGCGAAGGAGCAGCGAGGAGGUCAAGGGGUCUCCUACGGGUCCCCCGCCACCACCGUUGUCUCCUUUGCAGCAGAGAGCACGAAGUGCGAAUCAAGGCCCGAAUUCCGCCAGUGUCGGCAACGAGACCGAAAGCUUCAAGACCCCGCAACCCUUAGCCACGAUCAGCAUCCAGGACCUCACGAGCAUCCAGCUACGACGGACAAGCACGAAGAUGAACGCUACCAAGACGUUCUCCGCACCGCCACCGCGCAGCGUGUCUAUGACUAAAUGCAGAACUUCACACAAAACAUACAUAUCUUCUAUUCGUUAA